AUGGGUGUCGACCCUCUGUCCCCCAUUGCGCCCGCGCGCCUAAAAGCGCUACUCCUUCCUAUCGGCAAGAUCAAGCGCUCUCGCUUCUUGAGCUUUGCUGCCAGACUACAAGCCGAGAAUGUAGUUCGGCUAGGGGAUAUCAGCCCUGAUUUGCGGCCGAAUAGAAACAUGUUUUCGCCAUUGGCAUUCCCUACCGGAUUGAUUCUCUUCGACCUUUCUUUCUCCGUCCCACCCACCUCGCACCUGGAAUUGUUCCCCUUCGAGAUAUACAGAGAGCCAUUGGUGAUUAUUGCGAUAGCAGAUGGAACAGAAUUGGCUUCAAGUACCGGCGAAACUCAAAAGCACCCGACUCCCGAGGGACUCGAUCAGUUGUUGGAAGAGCUCCAUGGGGUUAAAGAAAGGAAUCCACGGGCGUUGGUGAACCAACUAUUGAUCUUCGAUCAUGAGGGCUUGGACAAAGUCACUAAUGGACCAGAGAAUGUUCUAUGGGUUCCCCCACCCCAGGUCUCCAAGGCCACUACGAUGAAAACAGUCCUUUGUGACGUGACCGCGGUCUUGCUCUCCGAAAUGGACGAGUUCGCGAAGACCAUUCAGGCUAUACCGUCAAUCGAAUCACCCAAAGCGUCUUCUUGGGGCCCACAUCGGAACCCGGAACUAAGGCCGCGGCCGGUAGACCGACUAAUGAAUCGGAUGACUCUACCCGCACAGCUUCCCUCCAGCCCAAAUGGUGGGCAGGACACCCCGCUGAGGUCCAGUGCCACCUCACCGGCCCCGAGUGACCAUGAAACCCCUACCACAUUCGACGAGAUCACUCGGUCAAUCCAUCUCACCAGUCGCACGAACUCGGGCAGCAGGACUCCUUCAAUAGCGUCUCCGAAAGAGCAUAGCCGUGACCGGAUGUCCGUGAGCAACAUGAGCGCUACUGAUAGAACCAAAAAUCGUAUUAGGGGCCGCGCUGGAGUUGUAAUUGGAACUCUUUUCCUGCAGGCAGGUAGAUGGCCCGAUGCUUUGAAAGAACUUACCGAAGCGGUGAACAAUGCCCGAGCAGGCAGUGAUUAUAUCUGGCACGCCAAAGCUCUUGAGACAAUUCUUCUUUGUCUGAUCAUGUUUGGAUGGGCAGGAAUGGACUUCCAGAUCCCAUCGGUUCUCUACCCUGUCGCUGAGAAGUCUUCCAAAUCCUCCCGCGACUCGAUUACGCCUAGUAGCGCUGGCAAUCGGGUUAUCUCUCUUCACAAUCUAGCAAAUCUUUUGCCAGACCUCUCAAACAACAUUCUGAAUCUAUACACACGCGCCGCCAACAUCACAGAUGAACCCCUUCCCCAACUGGUCUUCUCAGAGACAGUGAUUCGAUUGGCAAGACUGAUGGUAUCAUCUCGGAUGCGAGACGGGGCUUUGGAUGACAAUGCUUUGAAACACAUUGUAAUGAACGAGACUCUGGUUCCAUUGAUUCAACCAGAGUUACCACGGGGAACAGUCUUGCUUCGGAAAUCCGAAAUCGCCAACUUUUUGUACCGGGCACUGCCGCUAGCUCCAGGUGCAGACCUGCCUGCUACUGAUGCCGUGCCCAUUAUCGUUGGCGUUGUGUCCGUUCUGAAUACCCUUGAACUGCCCAGAAAGAAAGCUUUUAUUUUGCGCGAACUACUUUCCGUAAUGGUACCUAGCUUGGUGCAAGCGCGCAAAAUUGGUGCUGCAGAAGUUGGAAUCCACCCUGCUGCUGGGCUAGCAUCUUUAAGCGAUACAGCAUUCGAUGUCAAUGCCCUCGAUGCAGGAUCAGGAAAUAUGGAGAGCAGCGUGCGUCUUCUUCUUGGGACUAUUGGAGACAUUUACGGUGUUCAACCUUCAUCUUUCCACGAAUGGGAGAAGAGGAAGAGUCAGUCAUCAGCAGUGAGUGGACUACAGGAAGGCUCUGAAUAUGACUCAGUUGCCAGCAUUGCCGAAAGAGCAUUCCGACACGUAGUUCUGGAUCGUUAUGGUGAUCUGAACCUGAAGAUUGAUGUUCUCAGAGCCUGCAUUAAUUGUUGCGAAGCCCUUCCCGACUUCAAUGGAGUUCUUCGCUUUACUGUCGAACUUUUGCAAACCAUUCGUGGUGAUAUCAUGCUUGGAGAGGGACACAAACAUCCGCCCUAUCUUCCGCAAGACGAACAAAUUCGCCUACUGAACAACAUCAAACGAACUGUAGGCGCAGGAACCAGGUUAGGUGCCUCUGAUAUGGUCGCCGAGUACUGGGAUGAUUUCCUAGUACGAGACGUCCAAUUGCUAUCACUUCCAGGUCCCAAGCGGCCCGUUCGGCGGUCCAAAACGGAAUUGGAUGCAGUCACUAUCAGUUCUCAAAAGUCGAAAAAAGACCCCUUUCUCUACAAUCCUUUCGCAAAGGCUAGCAGCAAGGCAUUGGAAAUGCUCACGGUGGCUGAUGAACCUGCGUCUUACCUAGUCACCCUUCAGAAUCCAUACGAAUUUGAGGUUGAGAUUGAGCACUUGCGCUUAGAGAGCAUCGGUGUAGCUCUUGAAGCUGUGGCAGAAAACAUCGUGCUCCUCCCACUUUCUAUACAGGAUGUUACGGUGCUUGGCGUUGCCGAAGGAGAAGGCAGCCUCAACAUCACAGGCUGCAUAGUUAAAGUUCGCCACUGCCGCACGCGGAGAUUCCCUAUCUUCAAAACAUUCUGGAAGCCUGCCCCCGAGGUCAAAUUCAAGCGGACAGGCUUGGGUGCCAAACAACCUCUGACUCAACGCCCGGUUUCCUGGAGCUCAACAACCUCAAAAGAUGGCAAGGUUGAUGUCAAGAAAGGACCCGAGACCACCUCGUGUGAAGUCAAGGUGAUCGCGAAACAACCCUCGCUUGUGAUUGAGUCGAUGUCUCUGUCGCAAUCAGCAAUGAUGGUUCUCGAGGGCGAGGUCAAGACCUUUACUAUCACGCUGCAUAAUGCGUCCUCGUGUCCUGUGGACUUUGUUCUCUUCACAUUCGAUGAUUCAACAACUAGACAGCUGCAGUCGGCUCUGAGUAACAAAGACCUGUUGCCCGUCGAGAUCUACGAGUUGGAGCUAAAGAUGGCAACGAAUCCUGCUCUGCGAUGGCGACGAGAGGGUCUUGAUCCCAGUGAUUGUUCGAUUGCAGCUGGCCAAAACGCAAGCUUUACAGUUGAUGUUCUUGGAAAACCGGGUCUGCAAGACACAACGAUUCAGAUUGACUACUGCCGCGUGGGUGCACCCCCGGGUGAAUUGCCGGAUGUAUUCUACACUCGACAGCUCUUUGUGCCAUUGACGGUGACAGUAAACGCCAGUGUAGAGGUCGCCCGCUGUGACGUACUUCCAUUCAGCGGUGAUUUUGCUUGGAAGAACAAUAUUGAUCCACCCGUCGAUUCGGUGAAAGAGCCUGAUGCAUUGCUCUCCACCACAGAAAAAGAUCCAUUUUCACAAGUCCUUAGCCGCCUUGGUAACGGAGCUUAUGGACCGGACCACUGUGUCGUUUUGCUCGAUUUGCGAAACGCCUGGCCCAGUCCACUUUCGGUGUGGCUGCGAGUCAGCGAGCAAUCAAUGGAAACGAUGUCACCACAGCCAGCGAACAAUGAUAAUACCAACGGUCAGUACUCCGUUGAUGGAGAUCUUCAACCCGGCCAAGUCUGUCGCUUUGUUCUGGUCCUACCCCGCGUCUACCUUGACAACCCUCAUGCCACCAUUCCCGUAGUGAAAACUGGCAACCGCAGACAAUUCGUCGUCAGCGCCAACAAACUAUCCUUCGAAGCCGAAGGUGCCUCCCGCGAAGCCUUCUGGUUCCGAGAAGAGUUUUUGAAGCGAGUUCUCGGAGGUUGGAAGGAAUCCGCCACUGGGCGCGAGGGAUCUAUUGACCUACGAAAUGUCCGACUAAACCAUCGUAUGGUCGAAGCCAUGCGUCUCGAAGAUGUGGAAAUAACUUUCUCCUUGGCCUCGCCGUCUCCACCCGCGGACUCUCCAGCAGUUGAACAAAUUGGUCGCUCACGAUUCCGCGUCAAAACAGACGACCUGCUUACCUUGACCGUCACUGUGCGCAACCGCUCCUCCCGCCCAAUCCACCCUCUUCUCCGUCUCCAACCCAGCCUCCGUCAUCAGCCAAAUAACGUUGCCCUGGAUCUCACUCGCCGACUCGUCUGGACGGGCAUGCUUCAACAGGCACUUCCUAUCCUACCGAGCGGUGAGUCCACCACCACCUCUAUUGGCGUCACAGUACUGUGCCGUGGAGAAUAUGAAUUCGGUGCUAGUGUUGAGGAGGCACGUCUUCUGCGAUCAUCUUUCCUGGAUGAUCAUGCCCACUCUAGCGACUCUGCAGCUCCAUAUGAUGACGGCGGUAUCAUGGAUACCUUUGGAGCAGAUGCUGUACGACGCCGGCGUAUUUGGCACGCCAAAGAGUUGUGUAUCAUCCAAGCGAAUGACUCAUGA